AUGUCCACCCCAGCAGUCAUCCCUUUUGGCGUCUUUGUCACCCACGAGAGCGAUGCUUCACCUGCUGUUCGUGGGCCUGCCCCUGUCGUUCAUCGAGAUUUCAUCACAAGUUCCUCGCCCACCGAACACGAAUUGAAUCAACUGCAAUGGGGCCACCGUUUGAAUGGGCCAGGCAAGGAACCGCGUCGCUCUAUGUCGCCUGUCGGUCAGUCGAUACCCCCAACGCCUGGUGAACUGGAGCAAAGUCAACCUCCCACACCAAGAGGAGCUCAUGCUGUUGACGCACUUGUCCAAUCAUUCUCAAAUCCACCCAGGAACCGCUGGAGAAUAGCAUCUGCUACCGUCUUUUUCUUAUUGAUGGGUAUGAAUGAUGCUGCCACUGGUGCUUUGAUUCCCUAUCUCGAAAAGGAAUAUGACAUUGGCUAUGCCGUGGUCUCCCUGAUUUUCGUCACCAAUGCCGUGGGCUGGAUUGUUAUGGCUCCCCUAUCCCAAGUGAUCGAGGCGCGUGCUGGUCGAUCGCGCUCGUUGAUCAUUGCAUGCUCCCUGAUGACUAUCGGCUAUACGGCGCUCGUGUGUGCUCCACCGUUCCCUGUCGUGGUUCUCAGCUUCUUUCUUCUUGGUCUGGGCAUGGCCCUGUAUCUGGGCAUGACCAAUGCCUUCAUCGUCAAUCUGAUGAAUGGUACAGUCCUUCUGGGUCUGUGCCAUGGCAUAUACGGACUUGGUGGUAUUAUAUCUCCCCUAAUUGCCACUGCGAUGGUCUCAAGAGGCGUCCGUUGGUCCUAUUAUUACUUCAUCAAUCUUGCCAUAUCAUUAUUUUCGACAUUCUUUCUGGGCUGGGCCUACAAAGGCUUCGAAAACGAUGCUGCCCAACAACUCCUCACCGAUCUUGAACUCACCGCUUCACGUCAAGCCUCCGCUCCCGGAGAGCCAACAAAAACGCAGCUGCUCAGACGUGCACUGAAGACCCGGACGACUCUUCUGGGUGCCGCCUUUAUCUUCUUUUAUCAAGGGGCCGAAGUCGCUAUCAGUGGGUGGGUGAUCUCGUAUUUGAUCCACUAUCGAAAGGGUGAUCCUUCUCAUGUCGGUAAUGUCACUUCUGGGUUCUGGGGUGGCAUCACCGUAGGAAGAUUUGUCCUCACUCACUUUGCUCACAAAAUGGGGGAGAAACUGGCAGUUGUUCUUCUGGUAAUCGGAGCUGCUGUAUUUCAACUUCUGGUCUGGCUGGUUCCCAAUAUCAUAGGGAAUGCUGUUGCCGAGGCCAUUGUCGGCUUGUUCCUUGGACCGGUCUACCCAUGCGCUACCGGUGUCUUUUCCAAGUUGUUACCGAGAAGCAUUCAGAUUGUCAGUCUCAGUGUGACCUCAUCCAUGGGAUCGUCUGGAGGUGCGGCAGUACCUCUCAUUACUGGGUUGAUGGCACAAUCCUUGAGCACGGUUGUCCUUCAUCCGAUCGUUCUGAUUUCAUUUGCUGCCAUGAUUGCUACUUGGUUAUCGUUGCCUCGGAUUGGCAAGCGAGCGGAGUGA